UGUUUUUUUACAGUCAUUACUCACUUUUAUGUGUUACUAAGUAGGUUUUGUUGAACCGUUAACGUGUGUUAACGUUGUAAAAACACUGGGAUCAGCGGUACAGUCACUGACAGGUGUAUAUUCAGCGACAAUGUCUGGUUUUGCUGUGCGAUUGUGACAAACAAAGUUUAAGGUGCGGUUUCACGGAACAGACAAACACUGACGACGUCGGUUUACCAACUGCUCGAGUCUCCACAGGUGUGGUGAGCAUGGCGACAGAUAAAUCAGUGGAGUCCCGUGGAGAGGGUCACGGUGACCAGGUCACACACCGGUCAGUACCGACGGCCACAGCCGCGGCAGAGAACCAGGAGGAGUUCAAACUCUGCCCCUUCUUCCUCAUGGGAAAGUGUCAUUUUGGAAAAAGAUGUCGUCUUGCUCACAGUGAGGUCUCAGUGGACGGUUCAGGAGCUGCUACGUCACAUGACCAGGGAGACGCAGUGGCUGGUGGGAAGGAAGAAAAACAAGGAAGGAGGAAGAAGGAGCUGACAACAGAAACGAAUGAGGAAGAAAGAGCUGGAAGAAAAGGUAUGAACAAAAAGCCUCGAAUGCGAACAGCUGAUGAUGUCAUCUCUCGGAUCCUGUGGGAUCCGACGGUGGAGGCGUCAGAAUUCAUGGUUGGUUAUUUGGAUCGGUUCCUUGGAGUGGUGGAGCGUCCGUUCUGUGACUUCAGCUGGGACACGGCUCCGUGUGACUGUGACUACUCUGUUGAACUGGCUCUGCCCAGGCACCGGAUCCAGUACUUCAGCUACAGGCGGCACCGGGUCUGGGACCGCAACACCAGAACUGACAGGGUGUUUGGUUCCACUGGACAAUCUUUGGCGCCCCCCUUUGGAGAGGAAGAGGAAGUGAAGGAAUUCCAAGAGCGAGAGGAAGAGAACCAACCACCAGGUGUCAGUGGACAGGAAGAAUGUCGCCCCCCAGGGGAGUGUCCACGCUGUGAGGACACACAUGUGUUAGAGGCUGCUUCAAACAGUCCUGAGGAACCCCCCCCCAGUGAAAAAGAAGUGGGUCUGAUGGAAGCGAAGGACGAGGAGACCUGGGAUGAUGAAGAUGAUGAAGAUGAAGAUGAAGAUGAAGAUGCCCCGCGUCCUCAGACUGUCCUGGACAUGGGCCGGGGGACACAGAUCCACGCCGGUCGUCCUCCUAAGAAGAAGCCCACCCACUUCAUCAGCUUCAGGGCCAACACUCCUGCUGUCCUCUCCUCCUUCCAGCAGCUGCAGGAGGAGAUCACCGCUCUUCUCCCCUCCUCGGCCCCUUACUGGAGCCCCGCCUCCAGCCUCCACGUCACCUUGUGCCUCCUGGUGCUGCGCGGCCCGGCGGAGGUGGCCACCGCCGUGGAGAUUCUGCGGCAAUUUGCCUACUGGGACCGCAACCCCCCGGUGGCGGUGACCUUCCCCGUGAAGCUGAAGCACUUCAACGGAAAGGUGCUCUUCCUCAGCCCCCAGCCCCAACUCCACCUGCGGCAGCUCAACAGCGGCCUGCAGGAGGCGUACAGGAAGGAGGGUCUGCUGCACAGGGCCUCCUUCGACCCCCGCUACCACCUGACUCUGGCCAAGGUGAAGGAGCAGGACGGGGAGAGGCUGUUUGAAGGUGUGGGCGACCUGAAGGUGGGGAAGGGUUUGACCUUUGGCCGUCUGCCCGUCAACACCUUACACCUGUGUGUCGUAGGAAGUCCCAGGGUGGACGGCUUUUAUCAGAGCGUGUGCGCGGUCACGCUGCGCUGAUGGAAGAGAGCGCUGCUUCACGUGUCUCUGUAUGUGUCAUGUGACCAGGAAACUGCUGAAAUCACUGACUCCAAACUCUGGGAAAUAUAAUAAAACCAUAACACCCCCCCCCCCCCCCCAACUGAAAAUACCACCACCACCACCGGGGGCAGAACUCUUCUCAUGUUUGACUGUAUUUCUAAGACAUGGUGACAGAUGUGUACCAUCAAAAAGCCUCAUUGUUGGUGUCAGUGUCUCCUGGUCCACAGGACGCCAUUAAACAUCCAAACGUG